GAUAAAGGUCUUUAUACACUUCGUAUACCUCAAGUUGAUACAACUAAACAUAUGGGUACCAUCCUAUGUCGUGCAGAAAAUGCUAUUGGUACAACUGAACAUUCAAUUCAAUUAAAUGUUACAACAGCUCCAACAUUAAAAGCACAAUUGAAAGAUCUUGAAGUAUUACGAGGACAAGAUGCAAUAUUUACUGUUGAUGUUCAAGGAUAUCCAAUACCGGAAAUUAUUUGGAUGCGUGGAAAUGACAAAGUUAUUGAAUUAAGUGAUAAAUAUACAUGGUCCGAUGAUCAACAUCGUCAAUUAAUAAUUCAUAAUAUUCAAGUUGAAGAUGAAGAUGAAUACAAUGUGCGAAUACAUAAUGAAUUUGGCGAGGUUACAAGUAAAGCGAAACUUUCAUGUUUAAUUCCACCAAGUAUAUCACCAGCUACUAUCGAUGAUACACUUUUAAAACGUGGUGAUGAAAUUGAAUAUCAAUUUGAAAUUGAAGGUCGUCCACAAGUUGAUAUAACAUGGUUGAAAAAUGGUAAAGAACUUAAAUUAAAUGAAAAUCCAAAUUAUAUAUUCACAUCUGAUAAAGAAAAUAAUAAAGAAUCAUUUAAAAUUACUAAAGCUGAUGGUGAUGAUCAAGCACGUUAUACAUUACAAAUAAAAAAUAAAGCUGGAAAAGCUGAGGUGAAUGUAAAUACAAUUGUUAAAGCUGAUCUACAAUUUACUAAAACACUUUCUGAUGUUGCUACAAUUGUUGGGCAACCCGUAACAUUUUCAUGCGAAUGUUUUGGUUUACCAAAACCAACAUUAAUUACAUGGUAUUUUAAUGAUAUUGAAAUAAAAGCAUCAGCGAAAUAUAAAAUUGAAACAAAAUAUCCAUUAAUAAAUUUAACUGUCAAUAAAACAGAUUUAAUUGAUAUUGGUAAAUAUCGUGUUGUUAUUACAAAUGAUGAACAAACAAUUGAAAAUCAAGCCAAUUUGCUUGUACAAGUAAAACCAAAAUUAGAAGGUAAACCACAAGAUGCACAACCAAUUAUUGAAGAAUCAGCUAGAAUACAAUGUAAAUUUUCUGGUUCACAACCAUUUAAUGUAACUUGGUUAAAGAAUGGUGAAAUAUUAACUUUACCAAAUGAUAAUAUUGAAGUUAUUAAUGAAGUUGAUACGGGUAUUCAAGCACUUGUUUUUAAACAUGUUGAUAUUGAUGAUAAAGCUAGCUAUACAGUUCAAGUUGCAAAUAUGGUUGGACAAGCUGAAGGAAAAAUGAAUUUAACACCGAAAGAAAUUAAACCAACAAUCAUUACUGAUCUCGAGGGCAAAACAGUUCAAAAAGGUGAACCAUGUGAAUUAAUAAUAAUAGCUGAAGGUAAACCUCAACCACAAUGUAAAUGGACAUUUAAUAAUCAAGAUUUAACAUUAAUUCCUGGUGAAAUUGAAUCUCUAAUUGAUGAAAAUGAUAAACGUAUAUAUCAUUUACGUUUUUCUUCAACACAGCCAAAACAUAUUGGUGAAUAUUCAUGUACAUUAUCAAAUGGUGGUGGUAGUGUUAAAUCUAAAAAAGUGAAAGUAACUUGUGAAAAAUCGCCACAAUUUUCAUCUGAAUUUGGUAAAACAGUUAAAGCUAUUCAAGGUGAUGAUACAAGAAUUGAAAGUUCAAUUGAUGCUUAUCCAUUACCACAAUUUACUUGGAGUCGAGCAUCAAAUGAUAAAACAUUAUCAGAUAAAGAUGAAAAUUAUUCAAUUGCAUUUGAUACUGAUCAAAAUGCAUCAAUAUUAUUAAUAAAACAAGUUAAUAAAAUUGCACAUGAAGAUGAAUACAUAUGUCAUGCAACAAAUGAAUUUGGUUCAGCUACAAUGCGUACGAAAUUACUUGUUCUUAUUCGACCUUAUUUUAUUGAACAAUUAAAAGAUGCACAAUGUCAUGAGUUUGUUGAACAAUAUGCUAUUGAAUAUCAAGCUGAAGGUUUUCCUGAACCAACAAUAGAAUGGACAAGAAAUAAUGAAAUAAUAUCAUCAACAUCAAAUGAAUAUCGUAUAGAAAAAAAUCGUUUAAUUAUAUUAGAAACAAAAUUAGAACAUACAGGAACGUAUGCUGUUAAAUUAACAAAUGAAGUUGGUGAAAUUGAAUCAUCUAUGCAAUUAACUGUUACAGAAAGACCUAUUGAAAUAGGUAAACAUCUUGUUGAUACAAUAGGUAUCGAAAAAGAUAAAAUAACAUUUGAAUGUAUAUUUACAAAACCAAUUGAAAAUGUUAAAUGGCUUAAAAAUGGUACAGAAUUACCAGAUGAUACACGUUUUAUACGUAAAGGUGAACCAAAUCAACGUUACUUUCAAUUAGAAAUUCAUUCAUUAACACUUGAUGAUACAGGAGAAUAUUCAUGUAUUUAUAAUGAAACAAUUAAUUCAAAAGCAACGUUAACAGUUAAUGAAUUGCCAAUUGAUUUUGAAAAACCAUUAUCAAAUCAAUCAUUAACAGAAUAUGAUACAUUAACACUUGAAUGUAUUGUGACAAAACCUAAUAAACAAGUUAAAUGGUUUUUUGAUAAUCAAGAAUUAAAACCAGAUGAUCGAUGUCGAUUUGAAACAGAAGAAAAAACUCAUCGAUUAAUUAUUAGUAAUAUGUCACCAAAUGAUGAAGGAAAUUAUGAUGUUGUUACAGAAAGUGACAGAAAGAGUUCAGCAUUUGUCAGUGUUAAAGAAAUUCCUGUUGAAUUUAUUCGUCCAUUAACUGAUGUUGAUAUACAAGAACGUUCAUCAGAAUUAAUUCUUGAAUGUGAAUUAAAUAAAUCGGUUCAUGUUGAAUGGUAUCGUUUUUCAACACAAUUAACAUCUUUUACGGAUGAACAACGUAUAUUUCUUGAACAUAAUGAUCUUGUACAUCGUUUAAUAAUAAAAAAUAUUCAAAUGGAUGAUCAAGGAACAUAUACAUGUCUAUAUCCAUCACAACAUGUUGAUUCAUCAUGUAAAGUACAUGUUAAUGAAUUACCAUUAGCUAUUGUACAAGGUUUAAAUGAUGAAUAUAUAAUAACUGAAAAUGAUGAUUUAAUAUUAAAUAUUGAAUUAAAUAAAAUAAGUUUCUUAAAAUAUGAAUGGUUGAAAGAUGGUACACCAAUUGAAAAUAAUGAACGUAUUAAAAUGAGUGUACAAGGUGAAAAAUAUCAAUUAAAAUUACAUGAUCUUAAACUUAAUGAUCAAGGAAAAUAUACAUUUCGUAUAAACGAAGCUAAUAUUGAAGCAAAUACAAAUAUUAAAAUCAAUGAAUUACCUGUAUAUUUUACACGUCCUUUAAAAGAUCUAUCAACAAUUAUGGAAAAUACAUCUGAUUAUCAUCUUGAUUGUGAAAUAAAUAAAGAAAAUAAAAUUGCACAAUGGUUUAAAGAUGAUGAACAACAAGCAUUAGUUUCAAAUGAUGAAAUUCGAGUAGAAACUCAUGGACGUAUACAUGCAUUAGUUUUUAAUUCAGUAAAAUUAACACAUGCAGGAAAAUAUACAUGUCAAUUUAAUGAAGAUAUUAAAUCAAUUGGUACACUUCAAGUUGAAGAUGCUCCAACUGAAUUUGAGAUUGGUUUAGAAAAUACAACAGUUAUUGAAGAUGAACCACUUAUAUUAGAAUGUAUUCUGACAAAAGAUCGACCCGAUGAUGAAGUUAUUUGGUCAUUUAAUGGUGAUCGAUUAAUUAUUGAUAAUGAACGUAUUAAAACAUCAAAAGUCGGUCCUAUUGUUAAAUUAAUUAUUGAUGAAUGUCAAUUAACUGAUGAAGGACGCUAUCAAGCUGAAAUUAAUAAUAAAACAAGCAAAGCUAUUGCUACUGUUAAAGAGAAAAAACUUCAAUUUAUCCGUCCAUUAAAAGAUAUUGAAUUCGAUGAAUGGUCACAAUGUAUUCUUGAAUGUGAACUUAAUAAACGUAAUGUUGAAUGUCGUUGGUAUAAAGAUACAAUGGAAAUUUAUCCAAAUGAUCAUUAUCGUUUUGAAGUUGAUAAUAAAAUUCAACGCUUAAUUAUAAAUCGUCUUGAAUUAGAUGAUACAGCUAUAUAUGGUUGUGUAUGUCGACAAGAAAAAACAUCUGGAAAAUUAACUGUUAAAGAAUUACCAUAUGAAUUUAUUCGUCCAUUAGAUGAGACCGUAACUGUUGUAGAAAAACAACAAUUAGUACUUGAAUGUGAAACAAAUAAACCAUUACGAGAUAAUUUAGCUAUAUGGACACGUAAUGGACAAGUUUUAACACAUAGUCCUCUUGAUGGUGUACUUAUUAAAACAGCUGAUAAAGUUCAUACAUUAACAAUAUAUGAAUGUAAAAUGAAAGAUGAUGGACAAUAUGUAUGUACAAUAAAAGAAGCAAAUACAACGUGUCAAGUGAAAAUGAAAGAAGCACCAGUUGAAUUUAUUCGUUCACUUGAAGAUUUAACAGUAACAGAAGGUCAACCAUUAAAAUUAAGUUGUACAUUAAGUAAAGAUAAUUGUCAAGUGACAUGGUUGAAAGAUGAUGAAGAAAUCAAAACAAGUCAAGAAGAAGAAGAAGAAGAAAGUCGAUUUAUAGCAACAAAUGAUGGACGAUUUUAUCGAUUAGAAAUAAAAGAAUCAAAAAUGACUGAUGCUGGAACUUAUACUAUUAAAGUUGAAGAUAAACAACAAUCAUGUCAAGUUGCUGUUACUGAAGCUCCAAUCGAUAUAAUUAUUCCAUUGAAUGAUAAAACUUGUAUGGAAGGUACAGCGGAAUUUUCUGAAUUUUAUGUUGAAUUAAAUAAACCAAAUAUAAAUCUUGUAUGGAAAUGUGAUGAUGAACCAAUUGAUUUUAGUAAUUCAAAAUAUUCAACACUAAAUGAUAAAACAAAAUAUACUUUAAUUAUUCGUAAUAUUGAAUUAUCUGAUGAAAAAACAUAUUCUUGUCAAGUUAGUAGUGGUACAUCAUCACGUGUUAAAUCAUCAGCACAAUUAACUGUUGAUGAAUUACCACCAGAAUUCGUUUUAACAGCAACACCAUUACAAGAUCGUGAAUGUUUUGAAGAUGAAAAUGUUGAAUUUGAAUGUGAAUUAAAUAAAUCAAAAUGGAAAAAAACAGGACAAACAAUUAUUUGUAAAUGGUUUCGUAAUGUUGAUCGAGAAUUACGAACAACAGUUAAAUAUUCUAUUGAACGUUCAGGACCUAUACAAAAGUUAAUUAUUCAUCAUGCACAAUUUGAAGAUGAAGCUGAAUAUCGUUGUGUUAUUAUGGAUAAAUUUGUUAGUGCUAAACUUACUGUUAAAGAAAUUCCUGUAACAUUCACUCAAUUACUUGAAGAUAUUAAAACAAUUGAACGUGAAACAGUUACAUUUCAAUGUGAAAUAUCUAAAACACAUUCAACACGUACAGAAACUGAAAUACCUAUACAAUGGUAUCGUGAUGGUGUUAAAAUCGUUGGUGGUGGUCGUUUUGAAAUUUCAAAAUCAUCAGGCAAUAAACGACAAACAUUAACAAUUAUCAAUGCUAGUUUAACUGAUUCGGGUGAAUAUGCAUGUACAGCUGGUACAGAUCAAAUUCGUACAUCUGCUAAUUUAAUUGUUGGUGAUCUUGAAGUUGAAUUUCUUCAAAAAUUAUCAGAUCGUACUAUUCUUGAAGAUCAAACAUUAAUACUUGAAUGUAUUGUUAAUCGUACAGAUAAACCUAUAUCAUGGUUUUUUAAUGAUCAACAAAUUCAUUCAGGUACAAAAUAUGAUAUAAGUCGUGAAAAAAAUAAAUUACGUUUAAUUGUUAAAAAUGUUACUAUUGAUAAUGAAGGACAAUAUACAUGUUGUGUCGCAGAUGUUAAAACACAAUGUCAAAUUAUUGUUGAUGAAGAAAAAGUUCGAUUUACGGAACGUUUAACUGAUGUUGGUGUUAAAGAAGGUGAUUCAGGAAACUUUCAAUGUUCAGUUUCAAAAUUAACUUAUAUUAAAGCUAAACGUGAUAUUGAUUUUAAAUGGUUACAUAAUGGAAAAUUAAUUGAUGAAAUUCAUGAUAAAGAUAAAUAUUUAAUUGAAUUUGAUAAAACAAAUAAAACAUUAAAAUUAACAAUAAAUGAUGUACGAAAUGAAGAUAUUGGUAUAAUAACAUGUCAAGCUGAUGAUGUAACAACAAUAGGUAAAUUAAUUGUUGAAGAAAUACCAAUUUACUUUGUUCGUAAACCAGAAGAUCAAAUAUUAACUGAAUUACCAAAUAUUUGUUUAUUUGAAUGUGAAUUAAAUCGACCUGGUAUACAAGUUAAAUGGUUACAUAAUAAAAAAGAAUUAGAUUAUUUAAAAGAUAAAAUUGAAUUUCAUAAUACAGAUACAAUUUAUCGUUUAAAAUUAUUACAAAUUGAUAUUGAUGAUCAAGGUGAAUAUGUAUGUGUAGCACGUGAUAAAAAAGCACAAGCAUUUUUAAAAUUACAAGUACCACCAAAAAUUCAUUCAUUUCAAACAAAUUCAAAAUUAAUUAAACAUGAUCAACCAUUAAUUAUUGAUGUUUUAUAUCAUGGAUGGCCUGAACCAACAAUUGAAUGGAAUAAAACAAAUAAUAAAAUAAAAAAUAAAUUACUUAAACAUGGACAUAUACAAAUGUCAAUCGAUAAUACAAAUCGAAAUGAUUCAGGUUUAUAUGAAAUAACACUGAAAAAUGAAUAUGGACAAGAUCAAAGAAAUGGUACAAUUGAAAUACUUGAUCGACCAAAUAAACCAAAGAAUUUAAUUGUUAAAUUAUUGGAUGUUGGAGAGUGUGAAUUAACAUGGGAAGAACCAGAUGAUGAUGGUGGUUCACCAUUAACUGGUUAUUGUAUUGAAAAAUGUGAAGAACGACGUGCUGCAUCAUGGGAUGAAGUGUGUGUUAUGAGUAUUGAAGAAAGAAAAACAAUUGUUAGUAAAUUACUUGAUGGUGCUAAAUAUCGUUUUCGUGUCAGUGCAGAAAAUAAAUACGGUCGAUCAGAACCAUGUGAAUCUAUUGAACCAAUACUUGUUAAGAGUCCAUUUGGUAAGAUAUGA